AUGAAGAUUAACUCGACCUAUCUCCUGGUCACCCUAGGUGCCCUUACCGGUGUCCUUGCGGCACCGGCCCGGGUUGCUGAGCGCGGCGGCAGUCCUGUUGGAUUCCCUGGCGGUCCUGGAGGUGACCACGGCGGUGCUGGAUCUGACCCUUGGGAUCCUGACUAUGAUACUACCACGACUCCUUGUGAGACGGACACUACCACUACCACUACCACUCCAUGCGAGACUUCUACCACCACCACUACUACCACCAGCACUCCAUGUGAGACUCCCACUACUAGCACUACUAGCACUACUAGCAUUACCACCACCACCACUCCCUGCGAGACUACCACCACCACUACUACUGUUGUGGUUCCUCCUCCAUCUACCACUCCCUGCGAGACUACUGCCACGACCACCACUCCAGGUGAAAGUGCUACCACCACUACUACCACUCCAUGCGAGACUGAGACCACCACCACUACUACUGUUGUGGUUCCUCCUCCUUCUACCACUCCAUGCGAGACUACUACCACCACUACUCCAGGUGAAAGUGCUACCACCACUACUACCACUCCAUGCGAGACUGAGACCACCACCACUACUACCACUACUGCGAGUACCACCACCACUACCACCACCAGCACUCCAUGUGAGACUCCCACUACUAGCACUACUAGCACUACUAGCAUUACCACCACCACCACUCCCUGCGAGACUACCACCACCACUACUACUGUUGUGGUUCCUCCUCCUUCUACCACUCCAUGCGAGACUACUACCACCACUACUCCAGGUGAAAGUGCUACCACCACUACUACCACUCCAUGCGAGACUGAGACCACCACCACUACUACUGUUGUGGUUCCUCCUCCAUCUACCACUCCCUGCGAGACUACUACCACCACUACUCCAGGUGAAAGUGCUACCACCACUACUACCACUCCAUGCGAGACUGAGACCACCACCACUACUACUGUUGUGGUUCCUCCUCCAUCUACCACUCCCUGCGAGACUACUGCCACGACCACCACUCCAGGUGAAAGUGCUACCACUACCACCACCACUCCCUGCGAGACUGAGACCACCACCACUACUACUGUUGUGGUUCCUCCUCCAUCUACCACUCCCUGCGAGACUACUGCCACGACCACCACUCCAGGUGAAAGUGCUACCACUACCACCACCACUCCCUGCGAGACUGAGACCACAAUCACGACCACUGCCGUCGUGGUUCCUCCGCCAUCUACCACUCCUUGCGAGACUACUGCCACGACCACCACUCCAGGUGAAAGCGUCACCACCACCACUACUACCCCAUAUGAGACUGAAACCACCACCACCACUGCCGUCGUGGUUCCUCCUCCAUCUACCACUCUCACCACUUCUGUAACCACCACCACCACCACCAUUCCAGUUGCUCCCCCGGCUACCACUUCCGUCCCCACCGGAACCUCGCCUGCAACUACGAGCCCUAGCACACCUGCCUUUACCGGUGCUGCUAGCGUGAACAGUGCCGGAUCUGCUUUCGCGGGAGUGAUGGCUCUGGGUGCUAUUUUCCUGGCUUUCUAA